AUGUUCUCACGACGACGCUUCGAACGCUUCUGCGCGUUGGUUCUGAGCCUUGCUGCCACUGGCACACUUGUUGAAGCCGGGCCCUGUGAUAUCUACGCUUCAGGCAACACGCCCUGCAUCGCCGCACACAGCACCACUCGUGCCCUGUACGACGCCUACACUGGCGCACUCUACCAGGUUAAGCGGGACUCCGAUGGUACCACGAUCGAUAUCUCGCCGCUGUCCGCGGGCGGGGUGGCCAAUGCCGCUGCCCAGGACAAGUUCUGUUCAAGCACAACUUGCAUCAUCACGAUCAUUUAUGACCAGUCUGGCAGCGGUAAUCAUCUCAAACAGGCUCCACCCGGCGGUUUCCGCGGCCCUGAAGCCAAUGGCCACGAUAAUCUGGCCAGUGCGAUUGGUGCACCGGUCACGCUGAACGGUCAGAAGGCCUACGGUGUCUUUAUUUCUCCUGGAACUGGCUACAGCAACAACGCCGCCAGCGGCACGGCUACAGGGGAUGAUGCGGAGGGCAUGUACGCCGUGCUUGAUGGAACCCACUACAACGGUGCAUGCUGCUUCGACUACGGCAAUGCCGAGGUUAGCAGUACCGAUACGGGCAACGGCCACAUGGAGGCCAUCUACUAUGGGGACAGCACCGCCUGGGGCUCCGGCGCAGGGGGUGGCCCGUGGCUCAUGGCGGACCUGGAGAACGGCCUGUUCUCCGGCUCCAGCCCAACCUACAACGCCGGCGACCCGUCGUUGUCCGACCGUUUUUUCACUGCGAUCGUCAAGGGAGGGCCAAACCGGUGGGCCCUCCGUGGCGGCAAUGCUGCCGCCGGUUCCCUAUCAACAUACUACAGUGGCGCGCGUCCCAACGCGUCUGGAUAUAACCCUAUGAGCAAAGAAGGUGCCAUCGUCCUUGGUAUCGGCGGCGACAACAGUCACGGCGCCCAGGGCACGUUCUACGAGGGCGUCAUGACCUCCGGCUAUCCAACGGAUGCCACCGAGAAUGCGGUGCAGGCUAAUAUUGUAGCAGCCCGGUAUGCGACCACGCCGCUGACUAGCGGCAAGGCGCUCACCGUCGGUUCGUCAAUCUCGCUGCGGGCUACCACAUCCGGCUACACGACGCGCUACAUCGCACACACCGGCACAACCAUUAACACCCAGGUUGUUUCAUCAUCCAGCGCCACCGCCCUCCAGCAGCAGGCGAGCUGGAAGGUUCGCGUCGGUCUUGCCAAUAGCGCUUGCUUCUCAUUCGAGUCCGUCGAUACCCCGGGAAGCUUCAUUCGGCACUCUGACUUCGCACUCGUGCUUGCCGCCGACGACGGCACGAAGAUACUACAUGAAGAUGCCACGUUCUGCCCGCAGACCAGCUUCAAUGCUCAGGGCAGCUCGAUUCGAUCCUGGAGCUAUCCCACCCGCUACUUCCGUCACUUCGAGAACACUCUCUACAUUGCGAGCAACGGCGGUGUCCACACAUUUGACUCCGCUACGUCUUUCAACGAUGAUGCGAGCUGGGUGAUCAGCGCCGGCUUUGUUUGA